AUGAAAACAUGCUACUACGAACUCCUUGAAGUGCAAAGUGAUGCAAGCGACGCAGAGUUGAAAAAGGCCUAUCGUCGCAAAGCACUCCAAUUGCACCCCGACAAGAACCCCGAUAACGUCGAACAAGCCCACCAUUUAUUUGCCCAAGUCCGCGCAGCUUACGAGGUUUUGUCGGAUCCCCAGGAGCGAGCAUGGUACAAUCUGCAUAAGCUGAGCAUAUUAAACGAUGAAGACGUGCAAUACGACGACGUGGGCGAAUCCCACCUCGCGUCGAUUGCCACUGAGGAGAUUUUGCGGUAUUUCAAUGCCGGCGCAUUUGGUGUGGUGAAUGAUGAUUCCCACAUGGGGUUUUAUGCUAGUGUAAGCCGGUUAUUUGAAAGGUUGGCCCGCGAGGAGGUCCAACAUGGCAAGUAUCAAAACUUGGCCGAAUACAUGAACUUCAAAGACGAUGCCGAUAACGUCCAAGUGUUGGAUUCAGAGUAUUUGAAAUUCCCCCAGUUUGGCAAUAGCCAUGCGCCAAGUGACCAAAUCAAACGAUUUUAUUCCACGUGGACGAGUUUUGCCACGUGCAAGAGCUUCAACUGGUUGCAUCAAUAUCGAUACUCGCAUGCCUCAGAUCGCAAGACGCGAAGAAUGAUGGAGCGUGAAAACAAGAAAUUGGCCGACGAUGCCCGCAAGUCGUAUAACGAGACUGUGCGUUCUCUAGUCUCAUUCAUCAAGAAGCGCGAUGGGCGGUAUCGCACGGCGAUGGCUCAAGCGAGCCGCGAUUUGAAAAAGAAGCAAGCUCGCGAAUUGCAGGAACAAGUACGCCGGAUGCACCAAGUUCGCAAACAAGAGAUUUUCCAGGCGCAGAGCUGGCAGAAGUUGGACGAUUGGGAAAAGCGCGAGUUUGAGGAUAUGAUGGUUGAAGAGUAUGGUGAAGCUGGCAUCGAGGAGCUGACGGAUUCUGAGUUUGAAGAGCUGGGUGGCGAUGAAGAUGCCGAGGCGGAGGAAGUACAUGAGUUUGAGUGUGUUGUUUGUGAUAAGGUGCUCAAGAAUGAGUUACAGUUUAAGAUUCAUGAGGAGAGCAAGAAACAUAAGAAAGAAGUUCGCAGGAUGAAAUGGGAGAUGAAGCGCGAAGGCAUCGAUUUGGGGAUCGACGAGGAGGACGACGGGGAGGACGAGGAGGAGUUUGCCACUGCUGAGAGUGAGUUUGACGAUGACGAUGACGAUGAGCUGGAUGUGAGUGGGGCUGAUCUAGAUGAAGAAGAUGAAAAAAACGGAGAUGAAGGAGAUGACGGAGAUGAGUUGAAGAGUUCAAAAGUUGACGAUGAAUCGAGGCGGGAAAAUGGCUCUCCAGCGGGUGAACAUGUCAAGAAUGGCAAACAAGUUGAGACAAGCUCACCUUUCUCAAAUGAAGACGAAUCAAAGAAUAAACUUGAGCAAGAAUUGGCCCAGCUCAUGGGAAAUUCGAAAAUUGGCGAUUCGUCAGAUGAUGAAUGGGACACCUCCAAGAAAAAGAAGAACAAAUCAAAAAAGAAAACAAAUACGAACCUGAAUCUGAACCUGAAUACAAAACCAAAGGAAUCAUCCCCUGGUUCAAAUUCAACACCACUGGCUGCAUCUAGUGGCAAAUCAUCCAACGGCAGCAGUGGAUCUGAAACGUGCUCAGUUUGCGGACUAGCUUUCGACUCCCGCAAUCAAUUAUUUGCACACGUCAAAGCUGAAAACCACGCAGCACCACCACCAGAUUCGCAAAACAACAAGAAGAAGAAAUCCAAGCGAAAGUGGCCAUAA